UGUGGCAAGGAAGAGUUAUAUUUUAGAGAUGGCUGUUCUUCCUCUCAAGCAUUUCUUUGUUCUUCUCCUUGUUUUCACAGCAGGAUUAAUGGUGAUGCAGCAAGCAGAAGCUGAUAUAUGCAACAAUAUACUGAAACCCCUUCCUGGGAGCGGUGGGAAAUGUGUAGUGAGAGCUUGUGAGAAAUUGUGCAAUCUGUUGUACAAAGGAUCUGCUGAAUGUGUUGAGUCAGGAACUCGAUGCAUGUGUGUCUGGGAAUGUUGAUUAAUUACUAUAUUAUCCCCAUCACCCACUAAUUUUUCUGUUUAAUUGCCAUUGAUUAUUCUAAAUAAGAUGUAAGCCUGCGCUGUGAGCAAGUUAUAUAUAUAUAUAUAAUUAUUCUUCUAAUAAAUUACUUGAUUAUUUAUUCUGAUA